AUGGAGGGCGAUGAGGUUAUCGGCACACCGAAGCAUCCGACUGGCUGCAAAUGGCUAUCCCGCUAUCGUCCCGCUAUGCGUCGCGACAUCGUCGACCAUCGCGACAUUAUCGUCCUCUCCCUCUUUAGUGGGGCCAUCGAGCACCUCGCUGCUCAUGUGCAUUCCUUACCACCUUUCAUCUAUAUGGCAGGGGAUUUCAAUUGCGUGUCAACGACUUGGGAUGACUAUGAGCAUGGCGAGUCGUCGACGGCAAUAUCAUUGUGGGACACCGCAUCUCAGAUCGGCCUCGAGUGGGCACGACCUUCUAACCAUGGACCAACGAGGAUCAGUCCUAAUCCAAACCAGAGAUCCAACGUAUUGGAUCUUGUAUUCUUAGCCCCAUCUGAGAUCUUAAUCUCGAUGCCCAGAUUGGAGCACAAUCUCCAGGGUCCGUCAGAUCAUGUCCCGAUCUGCACAGAUCUUGAUAUCGGUCCCGAACCGCCCGGAUCUGGGCGACGGACAAUUAAACCCGGAAGCGAGGCUGAGAAGUCUUUCAUUUCGGACAUUCUCCGGGAUCUUGCGGCUAUUCCUGUCGCAGCCCUGGCAACCAAGGAAGGCGUUGAAGCUUUAGCCGAUGCUAUCGCGACAGCGUUCUCGGACGCAUGGCUUGCCCAUUUGACUGAGUCCAAACCUACCAAGCGCUCCAAGUCCUGGUGGACGGAAGAGUGCUCGGAAACAUUCAGAGUAUAUCAGUUGAGCCGUUCGCUUGCUGAUUACAACAAGUUUAAAAAGGCGUGUAAAGACACCAAGCGUGAUUUCUUUGAUGAACGUAUUGCAGAAAUCGCUACCUCUCGCAAGCGCCCGUGGGACCUGAUGGAAUGGCCUUGUCAUGAUAUGGACGACCUUUGGGACGCCCUCCACGGCACGUACAACUCGGCCUCUGGUCGCGAGUACGAUGCCUCAGUCUUAGACGAGCUUCCCGAUGAGCCGGUCCGCGAGUGGGCUGACUUUUCAGAGCAUGAGUUGUUGAGUGCCCUUAAGGGGUGUUCCAACUCCUCUGCACCAGGACUGGACCACGUUACGUGGGUCCACCUAAAGGAGUUGCUCAAGGAUAAACACGUCCUUGUGCUCUUCAUCGUGCUGGCCAACGCUUGCCUUCGGGUGGGUCAUUGGCCGCGUAUAUUUAAGGAGUCGCUAUUGGUUAUUGUUCUGAAGCCAAAUAAGCCCUCCUAUUCCGUACUGAAGGCCUUCAGGCUGAUCGUACUCCUCAUCACUUUUGGUAAACUUAUCGAAAAGAUGAUUGCCAAUAGGAUACAGUUUGACGCAGUCAAGCAUGAUAUCUUUCAUCCUAACCAACUGGGUGGCAUCCGCCAGAGGUCAACUGAGGAUGCUGGAUUGAUUCUGACCCAUCUCGUGCGAGCGGGGUGGGUUAAGGGUCUCCAGACUAGCGCGCUGGCUUUUGACAUCGCGCAGUUCUUCCCCUCUAUCAACCAUGAGAUGUUCAUGGCUGUUCUUCGCAAGCACAAGGUAUACUGUUGGAAUGCCUUCCAGUCCGACUCGCGGUCUGCGGACGUGGGUGUCGGGCAGGGCUCUGCUCUCUCGCCUGUUAUCUCUGGGCUGUUCAUUGCUCCGGUAAUGAAGCUCUUCUAUAUCAAAGCGGCACUGCUUAACAUGAUGUUGCUUUCCUUUGUGGAUGAUGGGACCAUUUUGGCCCAAUCCAAACAACUUGAUGAUAAUAAUGUGGGCCUGCGUAAGGCCUACAAAAUUAUCUACCUCCUCUUUGUUGCCUUCGCGCUCGUUCUUGAACACGACAAGACCGAGUUGUUUCACUUUUCGCGUCGACGAGAUGCCUACAAUCCCUUGCUGGAUCUGGGGUAUGCCCCACAUACCGGUGCCACACCUUUGAAACCCAAGACCUAUUGGAGGUACUUGGGCUUCUACUUUGACCGCGGGCUCACAUUUCAUGAGCACGUUCGCUACUACGCCACCAAGGCGUUCACCACCGUGCAGGCCAUGCGCAUGCUUGGCAACUCCACUAGAGGGCUCUCGCCUAAACAGCGCCGCCUCUUAUAUCGGUCGUGUGUGGUCCCCAUUGCCACAUACGGCUAUCGUCUCUGGUAUUUUGAUGGCGCUCGCAACAAGGGCGCGAUGAACCAGUUGAAACGGAUGCAGCGAAAAGCUGCUCUAUGGAUUACGGGUGCUUUUCGCACCUCCCCCACCGGCGGUCUUGAGGCUCUAGCGGGUCUCAUCCCCGUCCACCUUAUGCUGAAGAAGUUGGCAACGCGCGCAGUGUACCGCGUAGCCACCCUCUCGGACACCCACCCUCUUCGCUCUAUGAUGGGCGAGGGACUCCUUAAGCGAGCUGCACCACAUGCUCGCUCUGCCGCCUUGAUGACCCCAGCCAUGUGA